AUGUUCAAAAGCAAGACUGAAACACCAUCCAGGUCUGAGAAGAGACUAACUGUCCCACCACGGUUUCAAAAGGAAUUGCAAGUUCACCUGUCCAGAAGCUCUUCUGUGGAUUCAAAUGAUAACUUGAAUACAUCUGUUGCGGAGACACAUACUGCUGCCCCUGGCCCUUCUGCUGCUACCAUCAAUGAAGUUCAAAGUCGCAUUAAGGAGAUUCUAAGCAAGUGCAGCAGUGGCGUCUGGUUGUCAAAGAUGCCACAGUUAUACCGGGAAAUGUACUGGGAGGAGCUCAGCACAACAGUGCUUCAUCAGCUUGAGAACUGGCCUCAUGUGUGCACUGUGGAAAAAGUUCAUAGGGGUGAUCAGAUGGAUGGGCUGCUUUAUCCUGCUGGGAAAAUACCACCAGUGGCAAAAAGUGAUUCAGAGCAAGAAAAGGCAUCUCAGAACGUUACUUCUUCAAAAGCAGACUCUUUGUUAAAACCAACUACGGGGACGACACCUGCACCACUUAGUAGUGACUUCAAGCAGAAAGUUGUUAACAUCUUGCUUAAGUAUUCCAGUGGUCUUUGGGCAAAUGCACUUCCCAAAUUGUACCAAGACACUUACCAAGUAAAAUUUCCAGAAGAUAUUCUAAAUAAUCUGGAGUUGCUCUCAGGUGUAUGUGUAGUGGACUAUGUAUCUGAAGUCCCAAGGAAGGCCAUCCUCUAUGCUAAACCGCAAAGACGCGUUGAUGAAAGUCUGAAUGUCGCUGAGAAAGUCCAGAAGCCUGAUGAUGUGAAGGCUGCAGCUGAAAAACAGUUUGAAGAAUCCAAGGACCAGUAUCCAGAGAACAUAACUGUUCCUCCUCUAAUCAUUCCUUCAGAAGGAUCUGUGUCUGUCAUGGUGUUAGAACUGAAAAACACUAAUGAGGUCCUGAUUAGGUAUGUGGGCAAAGAUUAUUCUUCUGCCCAGGAACAAAUGGAAGAUGACAUGAAAGCGUACUACACUCAAAACAGUGCAGUGUCAUUAGCUCAGUCUCUGAGCGUUGGGCAACUUGUUGCAGUACACGCUGAAGAAGAUGCCUGGUUGCGUGCUCGUAUAAUUUCUCUAGAAGACAACAGAAUAAAGGUAUGCUAUGUUGAUCACGGCUUCAGUGAGUUUGUUGAAAGCAACAGUGUAUACAGACUACAGAAACAGUUCUAUUUGCUUCCAUUUCAAGCUGCAAAAUGUAAACUGGCAGGACUGGAAGUCUUCUGUGAUGAUCCUGCCCUAGUAAAGACUGUGGAAUCGCAGACAUGCUCCAAGAUACUUGCUGUGGAAAUACUUGAAAAGAGUGAUAUUCCUCUUCUUGUUCUCUAUGAUACUUCUGGAGAAGAUGAUAUCAACAUCAAUGCUACUUGUCGGAAGGUGUUGUAUGACAAGUCCCUUGAACUGCACCUGCAGGUAGACUCACUGUAUACAAAUGUCAGAGUAACCAGUGUUUUCUCUGAUGGAAGCCUGUAUUGCCAAGUGCCAUGUAAAGGCUUGUCCAGACUUUCUGAAAUCUUGCAGAAGAUAGAAGACUACUUCCAUUACAAGCAGGCAUCUGAGUUUAAUAUAUUACUACCUUUCUGUGGCAAAAUCUGCUUGUUUCCUUCGAAAGGAAAAUGGGCACGUGUAGAGAUACAAAUUAUUCACACUAGACGGGCACUUGAUGUGCAGUUCAUGGAUACUGGAACAGUUGCAACUGUAAAGGUGUCAGAGCUCAGAGAAAUCCCACCACAAUUUCUGAAAGAAGUAAUUGCAAUACCUCCUCAGGCUAUAAAAUGCUGCCUGGCAGAUCUUCCUCCUAACACUGGUAUGUGGACUCCAGAUGCUGUGCAGUGGCUGAGAGACACUGUAAUGAAUUGUCCUGAAUUUAGCAUGAAGGUGGUUAAACAGGAUGGUUCAAAGGGAAUUGCACACAUUUACUUGUUUGUUCCAGAGAAUUUCCCAGAUAUGGAACGUAGUGUCAAUCGACAGAUCAAAAAUGCAGACUUGUGGAAGCAUCAGAAAGAUGUUUUCUUGAGUGUUACACCUAGUGGGACUAGCUCCACGAAAGUGGCAAGUGAUGCUGUUUCACCUCUGCAGUUAACUAGUGGGAGGCUAGAGAAGAAUUUCUCUGAUUCAGCCAAAGAACCCGGCAGUGCAGUGUCUGCCACGGAUAUGCCUCCACCUCUGCCCUUGUCAAAGACUGGCGAGCUCAUGGAUGUCUAUGUCUCGGUGGCCUGCCAUCCAGGUCACUUUAUUGUCCAGCCUUGGAAAGAGCUACAUAAUCUGGAAGCCCUAAUGGAAGAAAUGAUUUUGUACUACAGCAGGGCAGAAGAGAAACCUGGGAGCAUUGAAAAAAACAAGCUGUAUGCUGCUAAAAUUGGAAAUCAGUGGUACAGGGUCGUAAUAAAAGGAAUUCUUAAAAAUGGGCUUUUAUCUGUAUAUGAGCUGGACUAUGGUAAACAUGAAUUAAUCAGCAUAGAUAAAGUACAGCCACUCACGGAUACAUUUAGAAAACUACCUUUCCAAGCUAUAACAGCUCAACUUGCAGGAGUGAAAAAUCAGCAGUGGUCAGAGGAGGCAUCAAUAGUGUUUCGGAACCUUGUAGAGAAGAAACCCUUGGUGGCACAGAUACAGGCAGUUAAUGAAAGCACUAACUAUUGGGAUCGAAAAAUAGUGGCUUUUCUUGUGGAUACAUCUCUUCCAGAAACUGAUAUAUGGAUUCAUGAUUUUGUGUCUCAGAACCUUGUGGAAUUUUCAAAGGAUGAUUAA